AUGUCUCGCGUGCAGAGCCCGGAAGCACAAGUGCAGUGGAGAGAGGUUCGUUCGUUCCUACGACAAGACCGGCUUCAAGACACUAUUACUCACAUCCGUAGGCCAAAGUGCGCGCAAUGCGGCAUCAAUAACGUGGCAUGCCAAUGGCCGGAGCAACGGAAACGUGGGCCUCCGAAGCACUACAUCACGACGAUGGAGAAGCGUCUAAUGGAGACAGAAAAUGUCCUUUGCGCAUUGCUGAACCAAGUGUCGGAGGAACAGCUUGCUGCAGCUUUCCCCUGUCAAGCAGCCGGCUACCCAGCGCCCCAGGCCGGCGGCAAGGAUUUCGAGCUGGUCAAGAGCCGACAGUUUGGCCCUGUUCACUGGGGACACUACCCACUCGACUCAGCGCAACACGUCAGACGCUGGUGGAAAGCCCGAUCUUCAAUGGUUCAAUCUCAGUCCGUUGAUGGUGCCACGGAGGACAACCAAGCUGCGCCUGAUAGCCGGGAUGGGAGUUACGACGAUGAUUUCGAGCCGACAGAAGAGGACGUGGUUGUUGAAGGCGGCAUAGAACCUACUGUUGUUAGUCGGAGGGACGGUCGACUCUCGCAAGCUAUGAACGAGGAUGAUGGCCGAGAAGCUCCAGCGAGCACGAUGGCAAACCCAAGUCCCAUGAGACAAGACUCGGUGGUGCGGGUUCCCAGUAGUCGCGAUGUAAGCCUGGUAAAUGCGUGCACUGCUGUCGAACCAAGAGAGCCUGAGAGCUACGAGAGCGCGUUUCUUUGGUAG